UGAGCUCUCUCAUCUCACUUUCUCCCAGCAACACAAGGGAGAGAGAUAACCAUUGGUUCCAUUUCUCACUUCAACAAAAAUUUAAAAGCAAAAAAUCAAGAUUUCCAACUCUGUUGAAAUCCAAACCAAAACUGAAAGCUGAUAAUGAUAUGAAGCAAAAAACAUCAUCUUUAAUUGGAUAAAUUUGCAAAAAAGCACUCAUCUUGUUUUCACAGUCAUGGCUGUUGCAGCUUCAAUAAUAAACUCACCUCCUCCUUCACUACUAUUUAGUAAAAACUCAAACCCUAAUUCUUCUUCUCCUUCUGUACUCUACUUUCCUAUUUAUAAAACUUCCCUUUAUCCACUUCUUAGAACUAGUAGUAGCAGCAAUAGUGGUAAGAUUAGUUGUCAGGAUUCUAAUGGCCCUGAUUUACUUAGAAAGCCUGAUGUUUUACCAAUUGAAGAACAAGAUGGAUUGAUGAAUAAGAAGAAGAAAAAAAAUUCAUUUGACGAGGAUGAAGUAGAAGGGGAGUGGGAUGAUUGGGAAGAUCAGAUUUUGGAAGAUACUGUUCCACUUGUUGGGUUUGUUAGGAUGCUUCUUCACUCUGGAAAGUAUGAAAGUGAAGAUAGACUGAUUCCUGAGCAUGAAAAAACAAUCCGGGACAGGUUACUUCCAUAUCACCCGGAGUAUGAAAAGAAAAUUGGACCAGGAAUUGACUAUAUCAAGAUUGGGUACCAUCCAGAUUUUGAAAGCUCUCGUUGUAUGUUCAUCGUCCGGAAGGACGGAGUGUCGGUUGAUUUCUCUUACUGGAAAUGCAUAAAAGGUUUGAUCAGGAAGAAUUACCCUCAAUUUGCAGAUGGCUUCAUUCUUAGACAUUUUCGACAACAUAAACGCAACGAAUAGCAAUGAUUAAAGAAUGAUUAUCCGUCCAUAAUCUUAUCAUUGUAUAAAAGUUUGCUAGAAGAAAAAAUAAACUCUUUCGGCUUCAUAUUGUUUAAAUUGUAAAAUUUUGAAUACGCAAGUUGCAUUUGCAGCAUCUUGGUUUUGUCCAAACCUAUCUCAUAGUAAUAGUGUUGUCAAACAGUUGACCCUGCAACUGCAAGACCAAAAUCUCGUAGC